CGUGAGCAGUCUAGCCAGAGGGUUAUGGAUAUUGUGAAUAGUGCUUUCAGUUUAAGUGGUGGAACUAUAUCUUGCUUUAUUUUCCACUUCUAUGCAUACAUGACAAGUCAGCACUUGGUUUGUAUUUCUGAAAGCACCCCGAAUCUCAAAAGACUUGUUCUACCAGUUCGGGACAACGAUAUACUAGUUAAUGAGUUUGAAGAAGCUGCAAAUAACUGGCCACUUCUUGAGUCAUUGACUAUUCCUGGUAGCUUUUCUAUUGAACUCAUGAAGGCAAUUGGUAAGCACUGCAAGAACCUCAGCGAGCUGAAAAUGAUGCACCGGUUUGACAUGAAUUGUGCAGAGAACAUUCUUGCAUAUGCACCAAGUUUGAAGGUCAUAAGUCUUCGGUGCAAUAGAGUGCACAGGGAUGCUAUACUUUUCUUGCUCAAGGAAUUGAGGCAGUUAGAAGUGAUGAAUAUAACUCACUGCCUCAUUCUGGAUCACUUUCCAAAACCUGGUUUUUGGUCUGUGCUCCCCGAACUUGAUGAGUUUGUCCUUCAAGAGGCUUCGCGGCUAAAGAAGUUUCUGUUUUGUCAGAUGCGCUCCUGCAAUGUUUGCCACUUUCAGAUUAAUUCAAAUGGGCUCUUGUUCUGGACUCAAAACAAUGAAGCCAUUUGGAUAAUGGACGAGGUGAGUACCCUUGCCCAUUGAUCUAGCUAGAAAAGAGUUAACAUAUCCUGGGGCACAUUGUUGUGUUGUUGAACUUGUUAGAAUAAGAAAUUUCU